AGGGAGGCAGGGAGAGGGGGGGAAGCUGAGACCCGCUGCCGAUCCGGCCGCCGGAGCCGCUGUCAUGCGGCGGCCCCUGCCCGGGCAGCCAGCGGGAGCUGCCGGGCACGCCCGGGGCUACGGAAAGGCUACGAGCGAGUUUCUGCAAAGUUUGACCUGGUUGCCUUUUUGAUGCUGCAGCAGCCACCGGAGCGGGAACCCCCCCGGCACCCCUUUUGCUCCACCGGAGAGGCUGAGACCCGGGGGCCGGCGCCGUCCCCGUGUGCAUGAAUGUAUUGCGAGAGAGGAAGCUUGCGGCAGCCGGGAGGCGGAGGCACCGACCCUGCUCCUCUCACCUCCCCGGGCAUCUAGCAAAGAGGAGAAGGAGGAAAAAAAAAAGGCGAGAGAAGGAGCCUCCCCCCCGCACCCCCCCCCGCCGCACCUCGCCCCCGCGCAGCGCAGGGAGCCCGGCGCGGUGCGCGGCGGCGCGGCCGGUGUUCGGCGCUGCUCCCGCCGCCGCGGGAUGCUGCUGUGACCCCCCGCGGGGCCCACGCGUGUGCGGAGCAGCUCCGCACACCGCCCAUGAGCCCCGCGGGUUGAGCCACAGCCGGCUCGCCCGGGAGCGGCGGCAGCAGCGGCAGCGAGAGGAGGAGGAGGAGGAAGGUCGGACACCCCUGCGGAGACCCGCUCGCCGAGGAGGAGGAAGGGGAGCCGCGGGGCCGGCGCCCCCCGGGCCGGUGCGUGGCGGCGGGAUGGCACGGGCGGCGGUUCCGCGGCGCUGAGCGGGCGCGGAGCGGCGCGGCGCCGGGCGGCCGCGGGGGAGGUUCGUCGCCGCCGCCUCCUGCCCCGCUGCGCAGCCCCCGGAGCCCGCCUGCGCGACCAGGACCGCCGGGUUAUUCUUUAUGGUUUCGGCUAUUUCUAAGGAAAAAGAAAGAAAGAAAAAAAAUCAACUCCCAAAGCUGUGACAUCGCCGGCGGAGGAGCCUCUAUAAUCCGAGAAUUGGCUACUUUUUGCAUUUUCCACCCGUCGUUUCUUUCUGUUAUUAUUGUAAUUUUUGUGCGAAAGGAAGUUAUGAACAACUGCAAGUCAGGAAGUGGAAAUCCACACCGGUUGUGACAAGCUGGGGCUAAAAACUAUUUCAUUAUUUAUAUAGAUGUGUCUAUCAACAUUCUGCUUUUCAUCCAAAGAAUAAAGGGAAAUACCGGCUGGUCCUAUGUUUGACGGUGAAUGACAGACUGCAUCUGAGGAAAGGAAGGACUAAAUAUAUCAGCUAAGAACACCACCGUUAUUUAUUGAACUCAAGAGACAUUUUUUUUAACCCAAAGACUGUUUGAGGGAGAGAGUUAAUGGGUCAUUAAAAGGGGAAAAAAACAUUUAAAGACCCCUUUGCUUCUGAAGUGCAGCUAACCUCAAAAUAGGAGCAGUGCUUGUAAGACAGAUACUCAAAUUAAGGCUUUACGUGAUAAAUUUUCUAUCCUAUGGAUAUCAGUUUUGAGAUUACAAACCAAGAAGAUCUGUAAUUGAUCUAGCACUAGAUAAUUUCAAUGCCUAAUAUUCCCCAGGAUUGCUGGAGUACCCUCGGAGCUGCGUCAGGCUGUACUCGGGUUAUGCCAUGGGCUGUAUUCAGAGCAUUAGCUGCAAAUCCAAAGUUUUCCGGGAAAGUAUUUCAGUGAUUGAAGUCAAAGCCUCCAUCGAUCCCAUUCCCACCAGCAUCGACGAGUCCUCCAGCGUGGUCCUGCGCUACCGGACCCCUCACUUCCGAGCUUCUGCACAAGUCCUGGUGCCCCCUAUUCCCAAGAAGGAGACCUGGAUCGUGGGCUGGAUCCAGGCUUGCAGCCACAUGGAAUUUUACAAUCACUACGGGGAACAGGGAAUGUCAAGUUGGGAGCUUCCAGAUCUACUGGACGGUAAAAUCCAGGCCAUCAGUGACUCAGACGGAGUGAACUACCCCUGGUAUGGAAACACGACAGAAACCUACACCAUCGUGGGGCCCACCAAGAAGGAGUCCAAGUUCAACAUCAGCAUGAACGACAACUUCUACCCCAGCGUGACGUGGGCGGUGCCCGUCAGCGAGAGCAACGUGGCCAAACUGACGAGCAUCCACCGGGAUCAAAGCUUCACCACCUGGCUGGUGGCCACCAACACGGCCACCAACGAAAUGGUGACCUUGCAGACUAUCAAAUGGCGCAUGAGGCUGGGCAUCGAGGUGAAUCCCAGCAGACCCUUGGGGCAGCGUGCCAAGCUGCAGGAACCCUCUGCUCAAGAGCAGCCCCAGGUCCUUAGCAAGAAUGAGCCAAUACCACCUAGUGCCCUUGUCAAACCCAAUGCCAAUGAUGCUCAGGUACUCAUGUGGAGGCCAAAGGAUGGACCACCACUUGUGGUGAUACCUCCGAAACACCGAUAAUACAAACCUGACAUCCCGGCACCAAAACGGAGGGGAAAAAAGAAAAAAAUAAAGGCAAAACAAUCACUUAGGUAUUAGAACACACAUGUAUAAUGAGCAAAAUAAAAAUGCACUUUUUAUUCAUUCAACAAAUGCAACCAUUCUACCUUCUCCCAUUGGGACGGAUUUCACUGUGCUAAAGCUAAAGAGGAGACCUGUGACGGGGUCUGUCUCAUCACUGGAUUCCUAAGGGAAGAAUCUGACACUGAUGUCUACCCGUAUAGCUUUUUAUUUUUCUUCCCUAUCUUAGUUACUGUUUGAACUCAGUCUCAUUAGCUUGUCCAGACUGCCCAGAACAAUAAGAACAUUUUAUUUGGGAUUUUAAGGUUAUUUUUUUUUCUUUUCGAUUGAGAACAAAAGUUCCCAGAGCAAGAAGUUGACUAUUUAAGAUAAGGAUUUUUUUUUUAAGCUCUAAGGUUCUGAGUUGCAAAUCCAAGUCAUGCGGCCUUAUGUAGACUUUGCUUUGCAUUGCCAAACUUUUGCCUUAAAGCUAUGUUUGAAAAACAACAAAACCACCACCAGGCAGAAUGGCCUUUCUACAGAAUUUUUUGGGAGAAAGUUUUGGAACAAGGAGUAGAUUUCCGAUGUGCCACAGGCUGAUGGAUGAAAAGGGCAUGAGAUUGGAAGAAGCGUGAUAAAAAGAGAAAACGAAUCUUCCCAGUUUUAAAACCUGGAACAAGGAAGCAUGGAAAUAAUCUCAGUUUCAAAGCAAUGCAAAUAACCAACCUGCUGUGGGGUAUCUGUGGAGUGGGAGCUACGAGGCUUCUCCCCACUUUGCAGAAGGGGCAGCAGGGACGUGGGUAUCCGCCUCCUGAUAGCAUCACAAAUUGGGAUCAUCUCACAGCUGGAAUUGUGGCCCCGGGAGCCAACAUAAAUCGAGAAGGGGGGAUGUCCCACUGUGUUUGUCUUUAGGACACACGGAUGGUUUUGCCCAGCUAGUUCACGGUCUCACCUUCUCGUGGCGUAAAAGCCAACGGCUCGUGCACCAGCUGUUGUUGGGUGAAGACCUGUUGUCCUGUUUUCCCACAAUAUCCAAAUGACGGUGCUGUAAGAAAAGAGCAGGUUAUAAAAAAGGAUCCUUCUGAAGUCAUUGGAGAUGCAGGGGUGUAAGCAAGGGCAGAUCUUAUCUACCAAGUCUACCCAGCAAUAUCCAUAAUUCAGGAACAGCCACGUCUGGAAAUAACAGGCAGCCCUUCCUAGCAAACGGUGGGAGCAAGCUAUGAAAAACUCUUCUUCCCGUGAUAACAAACCACAUCGGGGUUAGUCAAUAACUUUCUUCCAAAUGACCUCACGAUCUACACGACUGUCAGGAGCGGGGCACAGACAGGACCUCGCAUUGCCAUGCACAGGGAAGGCGCGAGCAGGGAGCACCCCAGCCUGGGGUGUAGAUCCCCGGGUAAAUAAGGUGCAUUUGGAGCAGGAGGUGGAACCUGUAGGUUUUCAUGAAGACCAGACAGAUUCAGAGACAAGCAGAUGCACUUCUGCAGGGGAAGGGGGCUUGAAGGAGCUGGGUUUGCAGGCAGAGGAGGUUCUGCAGAGGUGGCAUCUGGAGCACAGGGUACUGGACAGAGGAUCUGCUCUCUUGCUCCAGCACACAGCCUGGGGCAGAUCGCUUCCCUCUCUCCUUCCCCUAGAAAAUAUUUCUUCCUCUUAUUAACAAUUUGCCUCGAGAGCUGGGACUGAGGAGAGCUCAGUGUGCCAGAUACAAGCCUGGCCCUGCUGAGCUGGUCUGAACAGGUCUCACAACCCCACACACGCUGCUCUAAAGGCUCUCCCCUCGGAGAGGCACCACUUCGCUGCUAUUGUCACCUUCAACUUCCACACAGGACGUUACCAGCGAGAAAUGCUCCCUCCUCCUCUCUCCAAAGCCACACACACCAUCUACUUCGGCAACAGGUUGAACAUCACCACCUGGCUGGGGAAAGCACGCCCAGAAGAUGUGUCCCCCACCGUGACAGUCUCAAACCAGCAAACGAGGAUCCUGUGUCCCUGCAGACCCCGUGUCAGGGGAGCUGCCCUCCUCACGCACCGGUUUUCAGAGAUGCUCGGCCACAGAGCUGCUCUCUCCAGCGGGCAGAUGUCCAAGGUAGGAAGCCCAGCAUUACAAGCAGCUUGCAAACAAAUGGACUGGAUCAAACCCAAAUCCACAAGCCAAAGGUUGCCUAAAUCUAGGCUUUGGGACUACAAAGGAUGAAGCUAGGGAGACUUUGACUUGCACAGUCACUCUGUAUUAAACUCCAUUUUCUUACAUGGAUUCAAAUCCUAACUAUAGCUCUACUGGCACAGCCAUUUGGGACUUGUCUGUAUUUUCUCCUAGGCAAUACAUGCAGAAGAGGACAAAAUGUGAGCUGUGGGUGAAUAGCUGGUAACAUUUGGAUGCAUCUUGGCUGCCGCUUAGAUGCACUUCUGGGUGGUGCUGUGGAUGGGAGCAGAAGGGGUGUUUAUGUCUGGUAUUCACUUUGUCUCCAGGUGCUGAGUACUUACAGUUCUCACUGAUGUCAGCAUGGGUCGAAGAAAUCGGACCCAGUUGUCUUAAUUAGCUGCACGAAGGAAUUCCAAGGCAAGAUUUCUUCUCAGUCACCAAAAACCACAUUCAGGGAACACCUACGUCCUUUUCCACUUAGCUUUGUGUUGGACUUAGUCUCCCCGUACAUUAAGUAAAUCUGGUUCCUCCUAGUUCUUCUACCUGGUGGACUGGAUGCAUCCAUGCAAUUUGAUAGUAACCUCCUGGCUAAUUUGUCCUGUUGCACUGAAUAGACCCAGCUGAGCACUAAAUUCGAAUUUCACAUUGGGGUCGGCUUUGCAUGGACUUCUCCCUUCCCAAAGAAUGCCUUUCUCCCGUGCCUAGGUUGAAACGUGUCCCUCCACCUCCAUUCGCAUCACCAGACACAGCAUAGGAAAGUGAUGCUGCCUCUUUGGAGAUCUCAUGCGUUGUGAUUAAAAGUGAUGUUUGUUUUUCUUUCCAAUGCUGCUUUGCUACAAAACUAACGGGGACAGAUUGAAUAUAAAAGGGACAGGUGCUAUAGACAUUGCUGGUUAAGAGCCAUGUGGUUAGAAUGGGGAUUGACAGGGUCCCAAAGGGGGCUUAAAUGUCUGGGGCCCUGGGGCAUCCUGCACUGAGUAAGGUGGUCAACGAGCAGAGGUAAAUAAAAAGCAUUUUGCAGAACCAGGAAUGCACAAAGGAUACGCUGGGAAGGUGAUGGGGCACCAACACAGGAUCCUGUGAGCUUGUCUCUGCCUCACCCCUCCCGUCAGUGAUGCUUUAAGGCCCCAAAUCACCCCAGGAGCUGAGAGUGUAGCCUGAGCAUCCCUGUCCAAAUCCCAUAGUGGUCCAGGGCUCGUUUCCUACCCUUGACACUGGGAUGAGUGUGGCAGGAGAGUGAUGGUCCCGCACAGAGUCAACGAAGAUCUUGAGCAGCGUUGGGAGGGGUGGACCCGUGGAGAACAAGGCUGGGUUUGGGCAGGGGGGUCGGGCAGGGGCUGCCGAGCUUCGGUGCUGCUCUCCCUCCUGCCCCGGCUCCUGGUGCAGCAAUAAGAAUUGUCCUUGGUCUUGCAGAGAUACUGUGAAAACAAACCCAAGAUGUAUUGAGUCUGGACACUUACAGAGAUGUAAAAAACCCAAACCCCUGCUUUUAUAACAGACAGAGAAAUAAAGUGAAGUUUUCAAACAGG